AUGCAUUAUCCAACAGCACUACGGCUCCCGAAACCGCCUCGACUACACAAUUCAGUACUCGAGUACGGUAGGCGAAGCAAGGAGAAUGAAGGUCGAGGGGAAAAAAAAAAAAAGAAAGAAAAAUCGAGGUUUGCCCGUCAAAACCCCGCCCACCAUGCUCUAUGGGUAAGAUUGUACUCGUACGAGUAAGAUUUUUGGACCAAAGUCCAACUUCGCACAGUCGUCUUGUAGCUAACAAAAUGGGGCUUUGUGGCUUGGUUUGGUCGGAUAAACCAUGUCUUUGGGUUACGCCUUCUCCGUGGACUCCGGGUGUGCCUAUCGUCAUCCCUUAGGAAUUAUCAAGGAACAAACUGCUCCGCUGGUUGUCCGGCGCUCCCCCGGUGAGGAGCUGGCCAGGUUUUUGUGGUUCCGUUUGGGGAAUGGCCCUACUACACUUUACCGAUACUCGUACUCCCGAUACUUCGUUUAAUCCCUGUGUUCGGGAACCUGUUGCCUGUAGUGGGAAAGCGGCAUCUCUUCGAGAAAUUCGGUCCUUGCGCUGGAACGACGGAGUUCGGGUGGAGAGAUGGUGCCCCCGGUUGCAGAAAACUUCAUAUAAGCUCUCAAUCGUAGAAUCUUACUUUCCCUAGGACGUAUAAUUUCGACUGCUCUUCAUCGUGGACAAUUCUGUCUGCGAUAGUAGUGGUUGUAUUUCGUUUCUUCUCAGUACCGUCCACACACUCCUCCCGCUCAUGAUACCAUACCUUACAUACCCAUAUCAGAAAGAAAAAAAGCCCGGGCUUUAGCGUUAUCAAAAUGACACCCUCCCCCCUCGCAUCGGCGUCGGUUUUGCUCCAUUUCCGGCUGGAAAAGCUCUGAGAAGGCAAGGGAAACUACAGCCACAAAAACAGCUAACCAAUAGCUCGGCUGGUGGGGCACGAUGCCUGUAUUUCUCUCGGGAAUAAAGGUUCUGGAGCAGUAAGAUAGCAGCGUCAAAGACUCAUGUAGGAAGGUUUA